GUCUUUGGCCAACAACAACCUGCAGACGCUGCCCCGGGACAUCUUCAAGCCCCUGGACAUCCUGAGUGACCUGGACCUCCGGGGCAACGUGCUGGUCUGCGACUGCAAAAUCAAGUGGCUGGUGGAGUGGCUGGAGAGCACCAACACCACGGUCCCCGCCGUCUUCUAGCAGCCCUUCGAGGGGCAGCGGAUCCGGGAUCUGGCACUCAGUGACUUCCAGUGCAUCACCACGGAUUUUGUGGUGCACCAGGUCCUGCCCUUCCAGUCGGUGUCGGCUGAGCCCUUCACCUACGCCAGCGACUUAUACAUCGCCCUGGCACAGCCCGGUGCCAGCAGCUGUGCCAUCCUCAAGUGGGACUACGUGGAGCGCAAGCUACGUGACUUCGACCGCAUCCCUGCUCACUCGGCAGUGCACUGUAAGCCCAUCGUGGCACAGAACCAGCUGUACGUGGUGGUGGCCCAGCUUUUCGGUGGCUCUUAUAUCUAUCGCUGGGACACCGCCGUGGACAAGUUCAUCAAGAUCCAGGACAUCGACAGCCAAAAGACUCGCAAACCCAAUGACAUCGAAGCCUUCCAAAUCGAAGGCGACUGGUAUUUUGUCAUCGCCGACAGCUCCAAGGCGGGCUCCACCAGCCUCUACCGCCUCAACCAGAACGGUUUCUACUCCCACCAAGCCCUCCACGCUUGGCAUCGCGACACCGACGUGGAAUACGUGGAGAACGACGGCAAACCCCGGUUGAUCAUCUCCAGCAGUUCCCAAGCCCCCGUCAUCUAUCAGUGGAACCGGGCGCAAAAGCAAUUCGUGCCCCAAGGAGAGGUGGGGGAGAUGCUGGAUGUGCAGAUGGUGAAGCACUUCAGGGUGAAGAAGGACCAAUUCCUCUGCCUCAGCCGCUACAUCGGCGACUCCAAGGUGAUGCGAUGGGAAGGGCAACGCUUCAUCGAGCUCCAGACGCUCCCGUCCCGCGGCUCCAUGGUGAUGCAACCCUUCUCGGUAGAACAACGGCAAUACCUGGCCCUGGGAAGUGACUUUUCCUUUACCCACGUCUACCUGUGGGAAGAGGAAAAGCAGAAAUUCAUCAAAUUUCAGGAGCUGUCGGUGCAGGCACCGCGGGCUUUCCGUUACGUGCCGGCUGCUGAUGUGCAGCUCCUCUUGGCUCCCAGUUUCAAGGCCAACACGCUGGUCUACCGGCACGUGGUGGUGGACCUCAGCCUCUAG